AUGUCUCUUGUGGUGGACGAUCUCAUCAAUCCGAUCGACCGUUUUUGGAAUAUGGAUUUGCUUAAUGAGUAUUUCCAUCAAGACGAUGUGAAGACUAUUCGAGGUUUGGAAGUUAGCAGGACACAAAGGCCAGAUAUGUAUGGAUGGAUGUUUACAGAAUCUGGGAAAUAUUCGGUUAAAUCAGAGAAGGAAACCGUAAACCAUAUUCUCUUUGAAUGCCCUUCAACGUUGCAAACGUGGGCUUUAUCUCGGAUCCCUUCUCUUCUUGGAAUUUUCCGAUCAUCAUCGGUUUUCACUAGUCUAGAUUACCUUUUUUGGAGAUUGCCAAAGGAGAAUAAAAAUGGGAACCCUCAUGAAGUCCUGCGUCGAGCGGAAGUUGAAGGCACACUUUCGGCGGACGCGCAACUAUUAUUACAGAAAAAUCAGGGACAAUUCCAGACAGAGAUUAACUGGCAGUAUAUGGAGGAUACCAGAAUCUGCUUUGUCGAUGGAGGUUGGAGGGAGCAAGAUAUUUACACAGGACAGGGUUGGUAUUGCCGGAAAAUGGAUUCUGAGGAUGUUAUGAUGGGGACAAUGAAUCUUCGAAGAAGCCUAUCACCUUUACAUGCGGAAUGUGAAGCCUUGAUUUGGGCGAUGAAGUGCAUGAAGAAUCUGCAAUUCUCAGACGUAGUAUUUGCAACGGAUUGUUCUCAACUGGUGAAGAUGGUGUUUUCACCUGACGAAUGGUCAGCUUUUGCUACACAUAUGUAA